AUGAGUGUAAAACAAGCCUGCAUCUUUCUCAGAGGAGGAACCAGCAGAAAAAAAAGAUCUCUUACACCUGAUGAGAUUGAAGAGUUACGGGAGGCUUUUGUGGAGUUUGACAAAGACAAAGAUGGUUUAAUCAGCUGUAAGGACUUGGGGAACCUAAUGAGGACGAUGGGCUACAUGCCCACUGAAAUGGAGCUCAUAGAGCUGAGCCAGAACAUCAACAUGAAUCUGGGGGGACGGGUGGACUUCGAGGACUUUGUGGAACUUAUGACCCCCAAGCUUCUGGCUGAAACUGCCGGGAUGAUUGGACUGAAGGAACUCAAAGAGGCAUUCAGGGAGUUUGACAUUGAUGGAGAUGGUUCGAUCACAUCUGAUGAGCUGAGACAUGCCAUGGUGAAGUUAUUAGGAGAAAAAACCUGCGAAAAGGAAAUCGACGCAGUGGUCAGAGAAGCUGACAAUAAUGGAGACGGAACUGUUGAUUUUGAGGAGUUUGUGAAAAUGAUGUCGCAGAAAUGA